GCCUGAGCGUUCGUUAUCUCGCUCGAGAUCGGAGCAGGUCGUGUGAGAUCGUGUGAGAGAUGAGAGAUAUAUAGAUAUAUAGAUGACGGGAGUUGGACCUGUGACAUAUCCGUGCAAGCUCACCCUAGGCUGACCAAGCGAACCAACAGGCAACACACACAAUGUCCGACUACAUCGUCGACACCGAACCGUCGGCCACCCCGCCCAUGAGCAGGAAAGCCAAGCUCCACGAGACCGCCCGCUCAGCUCGACGCAAGUUGACGACCAAAUCCGGCUGGUUCGGCACGUUCGAUUACAAAUGGCUCUGCAUGCCGGUCCUACCCUGGGGCAACAACCGGAAACACCGCCGACCGUCCCCCUUUUACGGACUCGAGGACGACCUGCCCAUCCUCAUCCAGCUCGUCACCGGUCUGCAGCACUCGCUAGCCAUGCUCGGGGGGCUCAUCGUACCUCCGACGAUCUUUGCCAAUUACCUCGCCCUUCCCGCCUCGACCCAGAGCUACCUGAUCUCGGCGGCCCUCAUCUCAUCCGGUAUCCUCUCCAUGGUCCAGAUGUCCCGCAUCCACCUGUUUCGAAACUAUUACCUGGGCACCGGAAUGAUCACCGUCGUCGGCGCGUCGUUCGCCACCAUCUCGCCCGCCUUUACUCUGUUUGACAAGAUGUACGCCAGCGGGAAAUGCCCAUCGACGACAGCGGCGGACGGGACGCUCGUCAAGGGAGCUUGUCCGGACGCAUACGGAGCCUUGAUCGGGACCAUGAUGCUGUGCUCGUUGUGGGAGAUGGGACUCUCGUUCGUCCCUGCUCGACAAUUGAAAAAGAUUUUCCCGCCCGUCAUCACCGGAACGGCGAUUGUCCUGAUCGGCACGAGUCUGAUUGGCAAAUCCGGUGUCCUCAACUGGGGCGGUGGUUCCAACUGCCACGGCUCUCCCGAGGGCUUUUUCGCCCUGUGCCCCAACAUUGCCGCGCCCCGACCCGCCGCGUUCGGUUCGCCCAGGAUGAUCGGUCUAGGGUUCGCCAGCUUCGUCACCAUCAUUCUCACCGAGCUCUUUGGCAGCCCGUUCAUGAGGAACGCCAGUAUCAUCCUCGGCCUCCUAGUCGGUUCCAUCAUCGCUGGCGCCACCGGUCACAUGAACUCGGCUGCCAUCGACACGUCCCCAGCCAUCACCUUUCUCUGGGUGGAAACCUUCAAGCUCUCCCUCUAUCCCGCUGCCAUUAUUCCCGGUAUCUGCGUAUUCACGAUUCUUGCAGUCGAGGCGACAGGCGACAUCACCGCAAGCGCCGAAGCGUCUCGACUCGAAACAUCGGGCCCGAUAUUCGAUACCCGAGUCCAAGGCGGAAUUGCCGCGGAUGGACUGGCAGGAUUGACGAGCGGUCUCAUGACGAUGACCCCGGUCAGCAUUUUCGCUCAAAACUCAGGCGUGAUCGUCCUCACGAAAUGCGCGAACCGAUCGGCGGGGUACGCAUGCGCUUCCUUGUUGAUCCUCUUUGGCAUAUUGGGCAAGCUGGCUGGCGUGUUCUUGUCGAUACCCAACAGCGUUCUUGGAGGCGCGACCACUUUCCUCUUCGCCCAAGUUGUCUCCUCUGGUAUUAAAGUAUUGGCCGGCCUCCGUUGGACCCGGAAAGAAAGGUUCACGCUCGCCAUCAGCCUGUCGGUCGGUCUGGGCAACAUUCUCGUUCCCGACUUUUUUACGCACCUGUUCGACACCGUCGAGAGCAACAGCGACGGGCUCAAGGGAUUCCUAGACUCGAUCGAAGUCAUCCUAUCGACGCCCUACUUGUGCGCGUUCUUGAUCGGCGUCAUCAUGUGGAACAUCCUUCCCGAUGAAGAAGAUCCCGGAAUGAUCCGACACGACGAGGUAGCACAAACAUCGCUGGAAUUGGGCAACGUCGGCCCUGUCGUCGACACCUCCCUGCCGUACAAGGGCGAUUCGGACGAUAUCGAGGGGACCGAAAGCAAAGGGUCGUACGGUUCCGCGACGAUGACGAGAGUGCAGGAAGCUACGUAGAUAGAUUGACCUACAAGAGGAAGCGAAGCAAUAGUUGUACAAAAAGCUGCAAAAAGCGCGGAUAGGGGAGUGCACAGCCUAUAUGAAUUCGCAAGAGCCUGACAUACGUUCACAUCAGUUGUCGUCGGGGCUGUAUAAUCGCUCGUUCGGAAGGG